AUGGAUAUGGAUGAGAAGAAAUAUUCAAGCAGCAUUCACGUUGAGACCCCGGGGGUGCAACAAGCUGUGUGCUUCGAAAACCUUUCCGUUGCUGAGACAAGUCAACUAGAGAAAAAAUUGGUCCGAAAGAUUGAUCUCCAUCUGAUUUCUGCGCUUUUUUUGCUCUUCAUUUUCAACAUCCUUGAUCGCUCCAACAUUGCAAAUGCACGACUCGGCGGUAUGCAGACCGAUUUGGGGUUGAACGACACUCAAUAUCAGACUACAGUGGCAAUCAUGUUUGUCGGUUACUUGGUGGGCCAAAUCCCUAGUAACAUUAUCCUCACUAGAGUGAGACCAUCUCGUUACAUUCCGGCCGCCAUCUUCGUAUGGGGUGCUAUUUCGACAUGCACUGCUGCCGUUCAUAACUUCACUGGUAUCAUGUUGGUCCGAGUGCUUUUGGGCUUUGCAGAAUCUCCGUUCUUUUCUGGUGCCCUAUUGUUGAUUAGCUCUUGGUACAAGCCAUCCGAGAUUGCACCGAGGGUUGCGAUCAUGUACUGUGGCAACAGUAUCGCCAAUGGCUUCGGUGGUAUUCUUGCAGCAGGUGUAUUGAGCGGUCUCGAUGGAGCUCAUGGUCUUGCUGGUUGGCGCUGGCUGUACAUCAUCGAAGGAGCCGGUACUAUGGUCGCCGGUGUUCUUGCUAUUUGGCUUCUUCCAGACUUCCCACGCUCUGGCAAGCGAACAUGGUUGACAGAUCAAGAACAACGAUUUGCCGAAUGGCGUCUUGCUCGCGAUGCCAACGAUGAAAUUGACGAGAAUGGGUCUAUCAAAGAGGCUCUUAAAGAUGCAUUCACGGACCCAAAGGCAUGGGCAUUGGUUUUGAUUCAGAUAUGCCAGUUGUCAUCUCAGACAUGGACAUACUUUUUUCCUACAAUCGUCAAAACGCUCGGCUUCAGUACUAUUGUGACCCUCCUCAUCACUGCCCCAGUAUACAUUUUUGGCUUUUGCACUUCGCUUGGAAACUCUCUAAUCGCGAGUCGCACAAAUUACCGAUUCCCCCUAAUUGUUUGGCCACUAUUGAUCGACAUUGUAGGCAAUGUCAUGGUCAUAUCAAGCCACAGUACUGCCGUCCGGUAUACAGGGAUGUAUCUGAUGUGCGCCGGAUCAUACUCGGCGUUCAAUGUGGUCCAAGCCUGGAUUGCAAGCACGAUCCCUCGUACCAGAACAAAGCGAGCCAUUGUAUAUGCAUUGGUGAAUGUGUGCGGCAACUCGUCUAAUAUCUAUGGCUCUUACUUCUUCCCCAGUCGGGAUGCACCUAUGUUCCGGCCUGGAGGUAUUAUCUUGUCCUCCUUUGCUGCGGGGGGUAUGGUUUUUGCUACGCUGUUAGGAUUGUACCUGAUACGUCUGAAUGCCAAGGCAGCCAAAGAAGAGGAGCGGGAUGGCGUACUCAGAUAUAGAUAUCUCUGGUAG